AUGGAGAGUGGCGAGCAGCCGCAGCCGCACAAGUUAACCAAUGUCGUGGUCAUCCGGACGGGCGAUGGGACAGGCGAUGGGCCACGGGGGGCGACGGAGAGCGGCAGCUCCUCCACGCGCACAGCCGAUCGCACGGCGAUCCGGAUGGGCGCCGCGCCGCCCCUUCCUGUCGCACCUUCGCGGAAGAGAAACUUGGGCGGCGGCGGCUAUCCCGUCGAGGACGUGACGUUCAAGACGCUGCUGGUGGACAUGAAGCAUCGUGAUGGAUCCAUCCUCAAUGAAUCCUCUUUUUUGAAGAGACUGUAUCGUACGAGCAUCACCGACGAGACUUAUCUGAAGCCAAUGAUGAUGUCCAAGAAUCCCAAGUGUCAGCCGUACUCCCGAGAAUGUCAAAGCCAUGUGUAUUGCAAUAUGAUGCAGAUAUACUGGCUGAAGCUAGCAUAUAUUUAUGUUGAUUCCUUGGAUGGCCCAGUUCAAUUGUAUGGAUACCUGGCUGCCCGGGACCUCCUGAACCCAAGGCGUAAUUACCUGUUCAACCGCAGAAGAGAUGAUCCAUUCAUCGUGGUUGGGGAUGAUGACUGGUUGAUACAAAUGUCUGGGCCCAAGAGAGGCAUCGAAAUGACAUCCCCUGUGUUGAUCGAGUUCGACAUGAAGGUCAAGACUGGAGAAUCAGAAGAAGAAGACCUGCAGCUCAUUGACGGGGCUGUCCUCUUCAGCGACAUGGACCCGCCGAUCGAUAUGGCCUUUACUGAACGGCUUGGCGGUGAGGGUGGUGCAGUGGACAUAAAUCUGGCACAUCUGUAUGAGGCAGCGGAGGCGACGAUACAGGUCCGGAUAUCAGAAGUGUGCUGCGGUGGCAUGAGCCUGUGCCUGAUCGCUUCUGGCAGCGGAUUACUGGAGAAAGCACGGCUCUUCGAUGGUAUUGUCGCUGAGGCGCCAUGUGACCUGGACAGGUUUGUGUUUUCUGUGAAGAAACGCACCAAAUUGAUUGUGGUGUUGAAGAUUGGUCGGAGCGAUGGCUCAGAUUCUGUUCAUCGGUUUCAUGUCUUCAAUGUUCAGAAACAUGGAGAUUCGAUCGUAAGUUUCAGGCUCAGUUUCGCCACUAUACAGGUGACGGUGACUUGGUCGACUCUGGACAUCCCAGACAGUGCACUUGGAGAAGACAACCACGGCCAGUGGAGUUCGGACGAUACAAGUGAGGAUGAUUAUGAGUAUGACUGGAAUGAUUAUUAGUUAACACUUGCGGAUUCCUAUAUGUAUAAACUUUCUCUAUGAUUAGAUUUUCUGUUGUGCACUUUGGAUGUGUUAGACUUGAGAGAAACUUUGGAUAUUUUUGCAGUUUGCAGAGUA